UGUAUCUAUGUAUAGUGCUUACAUGUCUCCUUCUGAGAACGUGUGUUAGUGAUCUCAUUAGCCGGAUGGGGUCCAAAAAGAACGACCUGGACGAUUGUCUGCUAAGUAAGUACGUACUUACUUUGCCCCGGUUCCCUCACAAAAACACUUCCCCACCCCGGAUAUCAUAUCACAUCUUCCCUUCAAAGAGCAUAACCCCCCCAAAGGUUCAUAAGGCCAUUGGUCUCUCCUCGUGGCACUUGCCAACCUUGGGAGAAAACUGAGAUAGACAAUAUUAUUAGCCUACUUUUCGAUUUCUUUUUAAAGACAACACUCCACCGCUUCGAAAUAUGACAGCUGCUCCGUCCGAAGUCUUGCUAGUGGGGAGUAUUCCGCUGUCGUCAGCGGAGGAAGUCUUCACUACAGUUGCCAACAGUCUCCCUGGGCGAGUUCGUUGCAUCCCCGAUGGCGAAACGGGCGAUCGAGGCAACUAUAUCGGAUGGCAGCUCGCUCGUUUUCCAAAGGAGACCAUCCAGUAUUUCUUGGGCGGCACCGAACCGCCGGCCGACCAUCCAGGCUUUACUCUAGAGUCGAUUCCACCAACAGAAUAUGAUACGGUAGCAUUGAAGUCCUACGAGACUUUUGUCGAACUACGCAAGAAAAAUAUCAUCCCGCCAGGUGUGCGGUUCCUGGUCGCGCUGCCUCCACCGCUGGCCUGCAUUCAAGGCCAUACCAGAAGUGAAUUCCACGCACAGUUAGAGCCUCUCUACGAAAAGCGAAUGCUCGAUUCGCUGGCGAACAUCAUCGAUAAGAUUCCCGCGGAAGACCUGGCGCUGCAGUGGGACGUGUGUUUCGAGGUCACAGCGCUCGAAUUCGACCGCGGUAAUAUCAAGGAGCCCUUCCUCAAAGCCUGGUUCUCCCCUGUCAAGGAAGGCAUCCUCGACCGGUUGGAGCGCAUCAGCGCUAAUAUUCCGGCAAAUGUUCCAUUGGGCUUCCAUCUCUGCUACGGAGACCUUAACCAUCAGCACUUUGUCGAACCACAGGACACAGGGCUAAUCGUUGAUCUGGCCAACUCGAUCGCUGGCCGUCUUAAGCAUCCUGUCGAUUGGGUGCACCUCCCAGUCCCCAAGAGUCGGGACGACGAGGCCUAUUUCGAACCGCUGAAGGAGCUCAACAUCGGCCCCAAUGGACGGCUCUACCUGGGCCUCGUGCAUCCUCAUGACCUGGAGGGAACAAAGCGACGUAUCGAAGUCGCCCGUUCCGUGGUCCCACGCGAUUUUGGAGUAGCUACAGAGUGUGGCAUGGGUCGGACUCCGAAGGAAGACGUCGAUAGUAUUCUCCAGAUUUUGAAAGAUGUUACGGUGCCUGUAUGAUUGGUAGCAAGAAAGGAACAAAUAGAUCUAUCUCAUGUACUAAAAGAGGUAACGCAUAGCACGGCUCUACUUCUCAGAGUAAAUUAAAUUAUAGAAACAAUCC